UAUACUGAUAUACUCACAUAUGAAUCAAAACUUCUCUAGGUCCGUGAUUACUUCAAUAUGGAAAUUGGAAAACAAUUUCUAUUAUCCCUAAAAUUGGCAUUUAUCGCCCUUAAUACCAUUACCAACACCAAUCUUUACGUUCACGCAACUCCUCCACAAGAUCCCGUAAAAUGUUCUUCAAACAUCAACACUUGCACCAUCACCAACGCCUACGGAAUGUUCCCCGACAGAUCAAUCUGCCGGGUAGCUGACGUGGCGUACCCUAAAACCGAGGAAGAGUUAGUCUCGGUUGUAGCGGAAGCUUCUAAGAACGGUCGUAAGAUGAGAGUGGCGACACCUACUUCACAUAGCAUACCGAAAUUGGUUUGUCCUGAUAAUGGCGAUGGAGGGCUUUUGAUUAGUACGAGGUUUCUAAAUCGGGUAAUUGAGAUCGACAAAACUAGAAUGAUUUUGACGGCGGAGAGUGGUGUUCUGUUAAAAGACUUGAUAAAUGAGGCGGCUAAGGUUGGACUUGCUUUGCCUUAUAGUCCUUAUUGGUGGGGUGUUACGGUUGGUGGGAUGUUAGCCACGGGCUCACAUGGAAGCACACUUUGGGGUCGAGGGGGUGCGGUUCAUGAUCAUGUUGUUGGUCUUCGUAUUGUGACACUGGCUGGACCGGAGGAAGGGUAUGCGAAAGUUCGAACUUUGGUUUCGUCGGAGAUAACCGCCGCCGUUGGUAAUAGUAGUGUGGAUGGGGAGGAACAAAGUGGUGGAUUUGAUGCUGCUAGAACUUCUCUAGGUGUUCUUGGAGUUGUUUCACAGGUCACAUUUCAACUUCAACCAAUGUUUAAGAGGUCAAUAACAUUCCAAAUGAAGAAUGACAAUGAUUUAGGGGAUCAAAUCGUCAAUUUCGGAUAUCAACACGAGUUUGCGGAUAUAGCAUGGUACCCGAGUCAACGUAAGGUUGUGUAUCGCCUUGAUGACAGAAUAUCCUCGAGUGUUUUUGGCAAUGGCCUUUACAAUUUCAUACCAUUCCGCCCCACUCUUUCACUCUUAACCGCCUCAAUCAGAGCUUCAGAGGAAAUUCAAGAGUACUUGGGAGAUGCCAAUGGGAAAUGCUUGGUAGGGAUAGCCUCUACCACAGCUCUUUACCUUAGUGCAUAUGGUUUGACUAAUGAUGGCGUUUCCAUGAAGGGGUAUCCAGUAAUAGGAUAUCAAAACCGGAUGCAAGCUUCUGGUGGCUGUCUCGAUGGCCCUAAUGACUUUAAGCUUACGACAUGCCCAUGGGAUCCUCGUAUAAAGGGUUUGUCCUUCUACGAACUCGGCGUAAGCAUUGUCAUGUCCAAAGUGAAGGCUUUCGUCGAGGAUGUCCAAAGCCUAGUGAAUUUGGAUCCUAAAGCCUUAUGUGUCCUCGAUCUCUACAACGGCUUCCUCAUUCGCUAUGUCAAAGCUUCGACAUCUUACUUAGGAAAAGACGAGGAUGGAGUACAAUUUGACUUCACUUUUUAUAGGAGCAAGAAUCCAUUGACAACUAGGUUGUACGAGGAUGUAUUGGAAGAGGUGGAGCAGAUGGCAUUGUUCAAGUAUGGGGGAAUGCCGCAUUGGGCAAAGAACCGGCCCAUCGCAUUCAUUGAUGCCAUUAACAAGUAUAGGAACGCGGCGGCGUUCUUGGCCGUCAAGCAAGAGUGGGAUCCAUUAGGGCUUUUCUCUAAUGAGUGGACUGACCAAGUGUUGAAGGGAGGCGAUCAUGUGUCGAUAGUUAAAGAAGGUUGUGCCCUAGAAGGAUUGUGUAUAUGCUCGGAGGAUAUUCAUUGUGCUCCCAUGUCGGGGUACUAUUGUCGUCCCGGGAGGAUCUAUAAGGAAGCUAGGGUUUGCCGCAAAACAAUGGUAUAAAUUAUAACACAUGAGGACAGAGACGGAGUUAGGAUGAAAAAUUAUCUGAGGCUGACUCCAAUUUUUUUUGCAAAUCAAAUUCUCAGCACCUCAGAUUUAACUUUCUAUGUUUUGCUUU